AUGACAGAUUCCAAAGAAAUCCCACACCUCCCCAUCAAGCUACGCGGCCAAUCCAACUUCAAAACAUGGAAAGCCCUCAUAAUGAGUUACCUCCGCUACUACGGAGCCCAAGAUGUCGUAUUUGGGACGAUACCUCGUCCGCCCCCAACACCCAACGAUGAAUCCGCAGCAGCGAGGGGGAAAUUUACACAAAGAGCCAUUGACAGAGAAGUAUGGGACAAGCUCGAUAUCUUCUCCAUCGUGUUUAUCCAUACGAACGUAGAAAUGCACAUCCUCCUAAUAACCACACCUUAUACCCACGCACAUGAGAUGUGGGCCGCGCUCUGCAGAACUUUCGAGGGCAGACACUUUGUCACGCUCCACACCCUGCUCAAGACUGUGCUUACUUUGACAUAUGACGAUACCGAGCCGCUGAUUAAACACCUCGGCGAGUUUGAGCGGCUGUGGGUGAUGCUCAUCGAGCGGAAAUUGGGGGCGGAUCCAACGUCGGUUGGGGCGGGCUCGGUGCUGGCGUGGGCGCUGAAAAAGUUGGCUAAUAAUGACGAGGCGAAGAAAACUUUCCUGCUGAUGACACUGCCUCAGAGCUAUGAGGGGGUUGUGAAUGAUAUGCUGGCGAAUGAGAAAAUGGGUUUUAAAGAUGUUUAUCAAUAUCUGGCUAGGGCAUCUGUAUAG